CUUCCUCAUGAGCAGCCCGCAGAAUCACAUCUCUCUCCCUCUCUCUCUCUCCCUCCUGUGCGGCGCAGAUGCGGACUCUCAGAGCAAGAGCUUCCGCUUCCGUGCUCAGACACCCGUGCGUUCCUUCCCGCGCCUCCAAAAAGCUAGGUUUCUGCGGCUGCCAUUCUUCCGGCGCCCUUGACGGCGACGAAUCGGCGUCGGAUCCCAAAAACGGCGUGAAAUGGGCUGAUGAGAUCUGCGAUCUCCUCCGCCACCGCAAAUGGCAAGACCUCCUGAAUUCCUCCUCCAAUAUCCGAUCGCGACUUCGGCCGGAUGUCGUCGAGAACGUACUCCUUCGCAACCAGGUGUCCGAUCAUUAUCGCCUUCUCGACUUUUUCAAUUGGUCCGAGCAGACGAUGGGUUGCCCCCCAACCUUGGCUUCCUUCUCCUUUCUUCUCGUUUUCUUGAGCAGUUCUUCUAUGUUCAGUCUUGCGCGAACCGUCGCCGAACGGAUGCUCCGUGCGUACGAGCGAGCCGGUCCCGGUGCGAUCCUGGAAUCUGUCGCCGGAGCUAACGCCAAAUUCGGAUUGAACGCCGUGGCGUUUGAGACACUAAUGGAUGUGUAUGUGGGCUCUGGUAGGAUGGAUGAUGCCGCUCGAGCUCUGCACGAGUGCAGAAAGGGGGGGUUCGCGCCUGGUCUGCGUUUCUGUAAUUCGCUUAUGGGAUCGACUCUUAAGGUUAAUCGGAUGGACAUAUUUUGGAAGGUUUAUGAUGAUAUAGUGGGCCUGGGGGUGGAACCCGAUGUCUAUACGUUCACCAUUCUGAUCAACGCGUUUUGUAAGAUUGGGCAAGUUGAUGAGGCCAGGAGGAUUUUUGCGGAGAUGGAAAGGAAGGGAAUCGAACCAAAUGCAGUUUCUUACAAUUCAUUGAUCGGCGGCUUGUGUCGGGCAGGCGCCAUUAAUGAAGCUGUGGUGCUGAAGAAGAAGAUGGAGGAGAAGGGUUUGGUUGCUGACGGUUACACGUAUGGUACUCUUGUGAAUUGGUUGUGUAAAGCGAAGAGAUCGAAGGAAGCGAAACUCUACCUAAAUGAGAUGCAAAGUAUAGGUCUGAAGCCGAAUUCCGUUGUUUAUACGUCCUUGAUAGAUGGACUGAUGAAAGAUAGGGACGUUGAAGAGGCAUUUAGGAUUUGGCGUGAGAUGGGGGAAGCCGGAGUACAAAAGAAUGGCGUUACAUAUAAUAUCAUUAUCAAUAGUGCUUGUAAGAUUGGGAGAAUGAAGGAAGCCCAGGAACUCUUGAACGAGAUGAUAGAGAAGGGGUACAAGCCGGACACUUUAACUUAUAACUCCCUCAUCGAGGGUUACUGUUACACGAAGAAUUCUUUGAAGGCGCUUGAAGUGUUUGAUGAAAUGAAGAAGAUGGAUAUUCCUCCGAAUGUGGUAACUUAUAGUAUCUUAAUCAAUGGGCUAUGCAGAAAUGGGGAAUCGAAACUAGCUAGUGGUGUUUUGGAGGCGAUGGAGGGAUCAUCAGUAAGGCCCAAUGCUGUUACCUACACAACGCUUAUUGCUGGAUAUUGCAAGGAAGGUAAAAUCGAAGAGGCUCAGAACAUUUUUAGUAAGAUGCCUGGAAGCGCUGUUCCCCCUGAUGUGUUUUGCUUCAAUGCUCUUAUCAACGGCUUGUGCAAAGUGGGAAAAAUGGAAGAAGCAGUUGCUUAUCUGAAAGAAAUUGUACAAAGAGGAUUGACACCCACUGUGUAUACGUAUGGUCCUCUAGUUCAUGGUUACUGUAAGGCUGGGCAAAUGGAUGAGGCUGAUGGAGUAUUUGAGGAUAUGAUGGCUCGGGGAUUAUCUCCAAAUGAAGUUAUCUAUACUGCCAUUAUAGGCGGGCACUGCAAAUCGGAGAAUAUGACAAAAGCAUUUUCUAUUUUCCGUUCAAUGUUUGCCAGAGGCAUCGUUCCUGGAGUGCAGAUCUACAGUGUCUUGAUACAUGGCCUUGCUAAGAUUGGGAAGAUGAAUGAGGCAUUGAAGAUAUUUGCUGAACUGAAUGAGAAAAACCUCGCUCCUGAUGUUUACACUUACACAGGUCUGAUAUCUGGAUUUUGCAAGCAGGGUGACAUGGAGAGAGCCUUUCAGUUGCAUGAUGAGAUGCUUGUCAAGGGAGUAUAUCCCAAUAUCGUCACAUAUAACGCUCUUAUUGAUGGCCUCAUGAAGUCAGGUGACAUUGCAAGAGCUAAAGAAAUAUUAGGAAACAUUAAAGAAAAGGGCAUAAUACCAGACAAUCGGACGUAUACAAUAAUGUUUGAAGGUUACUGCAAAUUAAAAAAUCUUUCAGAGGCGUUGAUGCUGUAUGAGGAGAUUGUAUCAGACGGCAUACAAUUGGACCAGUUUGCAUAUAACGCGCUUAUUCACGGCUGCUGCAUGGAAGGAAACAUGGAGAGGGCUCAUGAACUGAUUCAGGCCAUGUCGCACAAAGGAUUCGCAAUGACGACUUGUUCUUUCAACACACUAAUAGGUGGUUUCUGCAGGCUUGGGAAGCUUCAAGAGGCUGCACAGUUACUCGAAGAGAUGACAACGAAGCAGGUUGUACCUGAUGAAAUGACCUACGGAACUCUGAUUAAUGGCUACUGCAAAUCAAGCAACAUGCAGGAAGGCUAUCGCCUAUUUAAAGAAAUGCAGGAGAGAGAAUUAGUGCCCGAUGCUGUUGUCUAUACCUCCCUUAUUGAUGGAUAUGUUAAGGUUGGAAGCAUGGAGCAAGCUUUUAGUUUGAUUGAUGAAAUGUUGCUUAAGGGUUGUAAAGUCGAUGAAGCUGUUUGUUCUGUUCUUAUCCGUGCUUUAUGUCUGGAAACAAACUCCAUUAAGGCCUUGAUGCUCUACAAUGAGAUCUUAACAAAUGACAUCAGACUGAAUAAGGUUCUAUAUGACCAAUUCAUUGGUGUUCUUUGCAGCAUAGGAGAAAUCUCCAAAGCUUUUGAGUUGUUUAAUGGAAUGGGGAAGCAUGGAAUCGAUCCUGAAAUGACUGCAUAUAGAACCUUGAUUCAAGGCUUCUGCAAAGCAGGUGAUAUGGUUAAAGCCUCUGGACUUUUCCAGAAAAUGAUAGAACAAGGAUUUACACCUGAUGAAGCUACUUUGAGCAUAAUGGUUGAUGGUCACCAUAAAAUGGGCAAUAUUAGUGAAGCUGAGAAUAUAGCAAAGCAAGUUACAGAGGAUGCUGCUUGCGGGGGUAACUCAUAGCACCGUUCACUUGCUGCUUGGAUGGCAUUUGGAAGACCUUGGUACCCAACCAUGGCGACAUAAUGUGCUGGGAAAUCUACUAGCUAAUAGCUCAAGCGUCUUUGGAGCCUAGAAAGUAUGCCAUGGAGAUAACACUUUGUCGACUUGCUCUUCAACAUCAUUGUGGUCAUCCUACCUUCAUUUGCCACUUGUCAGCCUAGCUAUGCAAAGAACGCAGAAGAUAAUUUGGAGACCAUUGCAGUUGCUGGCUAUGGAAAAUAUCAGGCAUUUGAAUUACCUGUUAGCUGUACAUAUGGUAAUUUAGUCGGCAGAAGUUUUCUAGCAUCUAGAGUGGAUGUGCUCAACUUAAACAACGCGAUGAUCAACAGGUUGCAUACAGCCAUGCGUGGCUGUUGGUUAAGGGUCAAUAUCUUCUGUAAGUGAGAGAUCGUAAAGGUUUAGAGGAUGAUUAGUUCUACACUUAAGUGAGUUUCAAGGAUGGGAAGAGAAUUUGCUCUUCAUGUCUCCUGGUCCUCUUCAUCCUUAUAUCAGUAAUAUGGCCACUAAAAUGGUUCAGACAAUGGUGUACAAUUGCAGAACAUUGACUGCUGCCGCAACAUGCAUCUUGGGUCCUUGCUCUCUGUUGGCUAUUCCAAUUACUGUGGUCAGAGAUGAUUAAUGGAUAAAAGUAGGUGAACGACAAGAACCAAUGUGGAACUCUUGUGAUCCGUUGCCCGUACCAUCCGUUGAUCAUAGGUCAAGAAGCGAUUAAAGCAGAUGUCAGAACCAUCACUGAAAUGGUUCAGACAAGGCACAAGGGUGUACAAUUGCAAAACAGUGAAUAUGCUGCGGCAACAUGCAUGAUGCAUCUUGGGUCCUUACCCCUUGCUCUCUUUAGGCUGUACCAUUUGUUGCGGUUAGAGAUGAUUAAUGGAUGAAAGUAGAUGAAUGACAAGCACUAAUGUGGUAUUCUUGUGCUCUAUUGGCCGUAUCAUUUGUUGAUCAUAGGAUGAGAAUGGAUUAAAAUAGAUGAACGUCAACCAAGUAUGAAGUACCUAGGUUGUACAUAUGUAGCAGCUGGGAGAAGAUACUUGAAGAGGGAGGUGGGAGAGUGGCUUCCUAUAAGAAGUGAUGGUUGAUAAAAUCCUCCUGUAAAACAUUCUUGUGAUAACUUUGGUAUGAUAAGAUCUAUUAACUGGAACCGCAUGUACUUGGGAAAUAUUACACUGUAACUGCGAAUUGUUUGUGGCGGGUCUUCCUGCCUUGUCCUGCUGUGCAUUUCCUUGCUAAUUGAAGCUUUAUUUUUUAUAUUUCA